AGCUGAGGAAACUGGACUUCUGCCUCUCGAUAAAUCUCAAAUCACAUGUCGCCAGGCUAGUGCUCAUUGACACAUUGAUUUUGGUGGACUGGGAACAGUAUAUCAUAUAGCUAUCGUAAAAAACUCGUACAUAUUGUGGACACGUCACGGCCUCAUUGGACCCUAAAUAACGAGAAAACCCCAAAGUAUUGACUUGCUAUGUUCCGCUGAGGUCUUCCUCUCUCAUAACUUAGAAGGUGCAACAAUUGGAAAACUUGGUUUUUAAAAUUGGUAAUUUUCGACAGGUACGAUGGCCCAUGUCAGAAUAUCGGCAGCUAACAGCAUAAAACAGAAGUACAAUGUGCGCCGCGCCUCGGCACCCGUCCAGACGCACCACAUGGUUGUAAAGGCUCAAAGAUCACGAAGUUUGAAUGAUAUAGCAGUUCCUGAGGACCAGAAAAGAGAACUAAAGGAGGCGUUCGGAAUGUUCAAGACCAGGAAAGGGAAAAUGUUCGCAAAAGAUCUAGGUCCUCUACUUCGCUGUUUAGGACUAAACCCCUCCGAAAGGGAUUUGGAGGAAGCCAGACAUGAACUGGAUGUUUGUGCCAAAGGUAAAAUAAGUUACGCAGACGUUGAACGUUAUGUAAUAACGCAUGGCGACGUCUACGCCGAGGAAACAGAGGACAUUCUAGAGGCAUUCCGAGUCUUGGACAAAUGCGGAAGCGGUAAAAUAUCCGUGUCGGACUUCCGAAAGUGCAUGACAACCAUGGGGGAUCGAAUGACACCAGAGGAAGUGGAGGAGAUCAUUCAAUAUGCAAAAUCUGAUGGAUUCAUCGAAUAUGAAGAUUUGUUACGAGAACUGAGCGAAUCAACAAAAUAAGAAAAAGCCUCCGCUUUUGAAAUUUUUUGACAAUUUUUGUCCUGCAUGGAUUGCAUAGGAAUGUGCAGAGACGUGCACUUUGAGGAUGGAUUGGAGAGUUUAUCACAACCAUGUUGUCAUGGUAUCAAGAGGCCAUGGAAGAAAACGUUUUUGCGUUCUGCACCAUUUCUGUUAGUCGCAACUGGGUCUUUUGCAGACUAUAGCAAUUCGUAACACUGCAUGAUCAAAAACAUCAACGUUCAUGUACAUACGUUAGUUGCCACAAAUGGUCUCUAAAAUGCAUUCUUAUUUAGAAUGGCUAUCCUAACACUUGAGAGGGUAACACUGAGGCAUUUCAAGAUUUUUGGAGAUAGGAAUUACUCAUUUUCCAUAUAUUCUUCAUUUCAAACUUUUGAUAUACAAUCAUAACUUUUUUUGUAAAUUAAGUCUAGAUAUUUUUGAUAUACUUAGUGUUUUAUAAUGCACAAACAGGUAACAUGUUCAAUAUAUCUGUUAGAUUUGUACAUGUACCAGGUGCAGGUUAUCGUUACAAUGAAAUGGUGGUGGCGGAGAACUGUACAGUCAUCGAAAUCAUUGUUAAUGUUUUCAUCCAAAAAAAAAAAAAUAGCGCCCCUUAAAUUGUGAUAUAGAAUUUCCCCUGUUCUGUAAUAGUUAUACAAAUGUUUCUGACACUUUUGCAAUAUUUUUGAGAUUUGGGUAAUGUUCAUGUUCGUUAUUUGCUUGAUAUACAAUGAAUCUGAUGUUUUUUGCUGUCAUAAUUACCUAAUAAUACUUGUUAUCAUAAUUAUCCAUCGUUCUAUUUACUAUUUUCAUUACUACCUAAUACAUGUAUUCUAUUUGUUAUCAUAAUUAUCCAGUAUUCUAUUUGUUAUUAUUACCAAAUGUUCUA